ACACAUACACUCACACACACCCACUUCAUUCUCCAAACUAGUCAGAAAAAAAAAAAGAAAACCAAACACCGCCUGCCCAGCGGCCCAGGCCGACCCCCUGACGUGCUGACUCCUGGCCCGGCAGCUUCACCGGCCUCACCGUGGGGCAUGGCCUCCAACAGCAUCUUCGAUUCCUUCCCCAGCUACUCGCCAGCCUUCAUCCGUGACCCGAGCACCAGCCGCCGCUUCACACCUCCCUCCACGGCCUUCCCCUGCGGCGGCGGCGGCGGCGGCGGCGGCGGUAAGAUGGGCGAGAACAGCGGCGCGCUGGGCGCACAGGCGACCGUGGGGCCCGGCGGGCGCACCCGGCCGGAGGUGCGCUCGAUGGUGGACGUGCUGGCAGACCACGCGGGCGAACUCGUGCGCACCGACAGCCCCAACUUCCUCUGCUCCGUGCUCCCCUCGCAUUGGCGCUGCAACAAGACGCUGCCCGUCGCCUUCAAGGUGGUGGCUCUGGGGGAUGUGCCAGACGGAACGGUGGUAACUGUGAUGGCCGGCAAUGAUGAGAACUAUUCAGCUGAGCUGCGCAAUGCCUCGGCAGUCAUGAAGAACCAGGUGGCCAGGUUCAAUGAUCUGCGCUUCGUGGGCCGCAGUGGACGAGGAAAGAGUUUCACGCUAACCAUCACUGUAUUCACCAACCCCACCCAAGUGGCCACCUACCACAGAGCCAUCAAGGUCACCGUGGAUGGACCCAGGGAGCCAAGACGGCACCGGCAGAAGCUGGAGGACCAGACCAAGGCGUUCUCCGACCGCUAUGGGGACCUGGAUCGGCUACGCAUGCGGGUGACGCCAAGCACACCCAGUCCCCGCGGCUCCCUCAGCACCACGAGCCACUUCAGCAGCCAGGCCCAGACUCAGAUCCAAGGCACCUCGGAGCUGAGUCCCUUCUCCGACCCCCGCCAGUUUGACCGGCCCUUCCCAGCGCUGCAGACGCUCACGGAGAGCCGUUUCCCCGACCCCCGGAUGCACUACCCGGGGGCUAUGUCGGCCGCCUUCCCCUACAGCGCCACACCGUCGGGCACAAGCAUCAGCAGCCUCAGCGUGGCAGGCAUGCCGGCCACCAGUCGCUUCCACCACACCUACCUCCCGCCGCCCUACCCCGGCGCCCCGCAGAACCAGGCUGGGCCCUUCCAGGCCAACCCUUCCCCCUACCACCUGUACUAUGGUGCCGCCUCAUCAGGCUCCUAUCAGUUCUCCAUGGUGGCCGGCAGUGGGGGCGGCGACCGCUCCCCCACCCGCAUGCUGGCCUCUUGCCCCAGCAGCGCCACGUCCGUGGCUGCCGGCAACCUCAUGAACCCCAGCCUGGGCGGCCAGAGCGAUGGCGUGGAGGCCGAUGGCAGCCACAGCAACUCGCCGACAGCCCUGAGCACACCAGGCCGCAUGGACGAGGCCGUGUGGCGGCCUUACUGACCACCGCUGCCCAGGUGGACUCCAGCUGCCUAGCG